AUCAAACCCGUCGUGGAAAGGUGGCCAGAGUACAUACCGCACAAGCUUCCCGACAAGAAUUACGUGCGUGUAUUCGACACGACGCUCCGUGACGGUGAACAAGCUCCAGGUGGAGCUCUUACUCCACCGCAGAAGCUUGAGAUUGCUAGACAGCUCGCAAAACUCCGAGUAGACAUCAUGGAAGUUGGUUUUCCGGUGUCCUCUGAGGAAGAGUUCGAAACAGUCAAAACCAUCGCCAAGACCGUGGGAAACGAGGUGGAUGAAGCAACAGGUUACGUCCCAGUGAUAUGCGCCAUCGCACGUAGCAAACCAGAAGACAUUGAGGCGGCCUGGGAGGCGGUGAAAUACGCGAAAAGACCUAAGAUACUCAUAUUCACAUCUACUAGUGACAUUCACAUGAAAUACAAGUUGAAAAAGACUAAAGAAGAAGUCAUCGAAAUGGCCGCGAGUAGUGUUAAGUUUGCUAAAAGCUUAGGCUUCGUUGACGUCCAACUUGGUUGCGAAGAUGGCGGCAGGUCGGAGAAGGAGUUUCUAUGCAAGAUUCUAGGAGAAUCGAUAAAAGCUGGUGCAACCACUGUGAACGUCGCGGACACUGUAGGAAUCAACAUGCCAGACGAAUACGGAGAACUCGUGAGCUACCUCAAAGCAAAUACUCCUGGAAUUGAUGAUGUUAUCUUCAGUGUUCAUUGUCACAACGACCUUGGUGUUGCCACCGCCAACACAAUUGCCGGUGUAUGUGCGGGAGCACGACAAGUCGAAGUAACAGUUAAUGGAAUAGGCGAAAGAAGUGGGAAUGCACCGCUUGAAGAGGUCGUGAUGGCUUUGAAAUGUCGAGGAGAAUAUCUGAUGGAUGGUGUCUACACAAGAAUAGACACACGCCAAAUUAUGGCUACUAGCCAAAUGGUUCAAGAAUAUACCGGCUUGUAUGUUCAACCACAUAAGCCCAUAGUGGGAGCCAACUGUUUUGUUCAUGAGAGCGGCAUUCACCAGGAUGGAAUCUUGAAAAAUCGGAGUACAUAUGAGAUCUUAUCGCCAGAAGAUGUUGGGGUUGUAAAAUCUCAAAGUGCCAGCAUUGUUCUUGGAAAGCUUAGCGGACGUCAUGCUGUGAAAGAUCGGCUGAAAGAGUUGGGAUACGAGCUCGAUGAUGAGAAAUUGAACGACAUCUUCUCAAGGUUCAGGGACUUAACCAAGCAUAAAAAGAGAAUCACGGAUGAUGAUCUGAAGGCCUUAGUAACGUGUCGUGAUGAGGUCUCAUCACUAAACGGCACUACCGGUGAAGAGACUAACGGCUAUGUACCAAUCUCACAGAUUUCUUCUGUGGUAUAAAAUCUGUGAAACGUUUUGUUUGAGUACCACUUGUAAUAUCAAGGUUCCAUUUGAUAUGAAUCGGUUGUUUUAAUGAAUAAAAACAGUAUGAAGUUAAAAAA